GAAUUGAAACAUGAUAUCAUAAGUACAUAAUCUACGAUUUGUCAAAAUAGGUUUAUUGGCAAAGGUAUUUGAAUUUUUUUUACAGUUUUCUGUUGCGUUUCAGUUUUUGUUACAAAUUAUUUAUUUUAGUUUGUGUCAAUUUAUUCUCAGCUUUCGUCGGCAAAGAAGAUUGAAUCGGAGUUUAAUAUUUACGCAUACCAAAUCAUCUAUCAAAUAUGGCCGACUUUAAUGCCCAGUUUGAAGCAUUCUGCAACUUUGGUGUUACCGGUGGUAAGAAGAAAACCAUAACGGACAAGAAUGUCACAAAGCUGUUCAAAGACUGCAAAUUGUACGGCAAGAACCUCACCACCACAGACACUGACAUUGCCUUCAGCAAACACAAGACCAAGGGAAGCAAAGAGCUCACACUAGACCAAUUCCAGAGCAUGUUGAAAGAAGUCUCUGCCAAGUAUCAGAAAGAUCACAAACUGGGGAAUCCUGACGAGGCGUACACCAAGAUGGUCAAUGAAAUCAGCAGCAAGGGGCCCGCCAUGCAUGGAACCACGGGCCAAAGUAAAACUGGUGGUGUUGAUCGUAUGACUGACACCAGCAAGUACACUGGUUCACACAAGGAGAGGUUUGACGAGUCUGGCAAGGGGAAAGGUGCCGAAGGCCGGGUUGACACAGUGUCUGGGUCUGGAUACGUCGGCAAUUACAAGGGAGAGGGCACAUUCGACAAGAAGUAGAUGGGAGAUCUACAUAACAUGAACAUUUGCAAUAUAACUGCAGAAUGCUUGGAGAAUUUUAAUAUCUCUUUCUAUCAGUACUUUGAUAAUUUAAACAAAACAAGAUGGGAUUCAUUAACUAUGUAGCAAGGGAAGUUAAUUAACAUUUUUACAAUAAGCCCAAGGUUUUAUUUCUAAAUUCCGACUUGAUACUGGAUUUAGGAAAUAUAUCAUAAGUUUUAUUUAAAAUUGGGUACUUUCAAAUCAAACUUCAAAAAAAUUAAAACCAGGCUAUUUGAAACAAAUAGCCUGGAAUUUGGAAUUUUUACAUUCAGACUCUGAAUUUGCCUUUAAUACUGUGAAUUUAAUGAAAUAGCCUUUGGGGCAUGGUGUACUCUAACUGUUUUUCCAAGACCAAGAAAAAAACCUUCAAUAUGUAGUUUAGCUGUUGGUAAAUUUUAUGUUAUUUAAGAAUAUAGGGGAAAUUUUAUCCUUAAACUUCUGUGGUACCUUUGUUGUAGCUUUUGUUAGUAUUUCUCAAUUACUUUAUAUAUUUAAUAUAGCUAUUGUUUAUAUAUUAUGUUUUUACAAAAUAAACAAUGUUUACAUUGUUA